GCUUAUCUCAACAACACACUUCAUAUCAACACAUUCCUCACAUAUCAAAACUUGUAUCACAAUGGAGAGAGUGACAAAGAUGGUUUCAGAGAGACCAGUGGUGAUAUUCAGCAAGAGUUCUUGUUGCAUGAGUCAUACCAUAAAGACGCUUUUUUGUGACUUUGGUGUGAAUGCAGCUAUUUAUGAACUUGAUGAGAUACAAAGAGGGAGAGAGAUUGAACAAGCACUAUUAAGACUCGGUUGUUCUCCAUCUGUUCCAACUGUUUAUAUUGGUGGCGAGCUUGUUGGUGGAGCUAAUCAAGUCAUGAGUCUUCAUCUUAAUCGCACAUUGAUUCCAAUGCUUAAAAAAGCUGGAGCUCUUUGGGUUUAGUCUUAUGAGGCACAAACAGUCACUGAAUAAAUUAAUUACCUGUUUUGGUUAUGUGGUAAUUAUGAGUUUAUAUAUAAAGAGAAAGGCAUAGGGGGGUCUAAGUAUAUCGUAUAGCCUUUUUUGGGGGUUGAAUGCAAUGUUUUGAAUGCAUGUAAUGUUAUCUUUUUUAUAAGUAUUAUAACAAAUUAUAUAUGGAUGAAUUGCAGCAUACAAUGCAUGUUUUAAAAGUUAGAAUUUCAAGUUAAAGGUAAGACACUCUAAUGUGUCUAACCUGCAGAGCUGACAAAAGAGAAAAGAAAAAAAACUAGUUUAAGAUGUUUGAAAGAGUAAAUACAUGUUAAAAAAUAGAGGGAGUAACCCUUAUUUUUAGUAAUGAAGUGAAUAAAACAUUCAUAACGUUGUAUUCACAGUAUUUUCCAGUUGCAAAGUGAAUCAGAAGUUUUCCACA